GAACGGAUAGGCGGAGACCCAUAAUCCGGAAGUGGCUCCAAGGCUUCUUCCGGUCCUACUCAAGCCGCCGCUCUUUAGCGUCACCGCCGGCAUGAAGCCGAUCCUGCUGCAGGGCCAUGAGCGGUCCAUUACGCAAAUCAAGUACAACCGCGAGGGAGACCUUCUCUUCACCGUGGCCAAGGACCCUGUGAGCCUCAUCCUGAGGGCCGAGCUCAGCUUCACCUUUUAUUCUUCUGAAGGCCUGGGAAUAUGUGCAGUGACAAAAGAGGACACUUUUAUCGUCAAUGUAUGGUACUCCGUGAAUGGGGAAAGGCUGGGCACCUACAUGGGCCACACUGGAGCUGUGUGGUGUGUGGAUGCCGACUGGGACACCAAGCAUGUCCUCACUGGCUCAGCUGACAACAGCUGUCGUCUCUGGGACUGUGAAACAGGGAAACAGCUGGCCCUACUCAAGACCAACUCAGCUGUCCGGACCUGUGGCUUUGACUUUGGGGGCAACAUCAUCAUGUUUUCCACGGACAAGCAGAUGGGCUACCAGUGCUUUGUGAGCUUCUUUGACCUGCGGGACCCAAGCCAGAUCGACAGUAACGAGCCCUACAUGAAGAUUCCCUGCAAUGACUCCAAGAUCACCAGUGCAGUUUGGGGGCCCCUGGGAGAGUGCAUCAUCGCAGGCCACGAGAGCGGAGAGCUCAACCAGUACAGUGCCAAGUCUGGAGAGGUAUUGGUGAAUGUUAAGGAGCAUUCCCGACAAAUCAAUGACAUCCAGUUAUCCAGGGACAUGACCAUGUUUGUCACCGCAUCCAAGGACAACACAGCCAAGCUCUUUGACUCCACAACCCUUGAACACCAGAAGACUUUCAGGACAGAACGUCCCGUCAACUCAGCUGCCUUGUCUCCCAACUAUGACCAUGUGGUGCUAGGUGGUGGUCAAGAAGCCAUGGAUGUAACCACAACCUCCACCAGGAUUGGCAAGUUUGAAGCCAGGUUCUUCCACUUGGCAUUUGAAGAAGAGUUUGGAAGAGUCAAGGGUCACUUUGGACCUAUCAACAGUGUUGCUUUCCAUCCUGAUGGCAAGAGCUAUAGCAGCGGUGGAGAAGAUGGUUAUGUGCGCAUCCACUACUUCGACCCACAGUAUUUUGAGUUUGAGUUCGAGGCUUAAGGAGCUGGAUCGCCGUCUGUCUAGGCUGCUCACAAAGUUUCGGACUCUGAGAAAUACAUUAGUCUGGAAAUAAAUGGUUUCUGGUCAGAUA